UUCAUAUUCAAGUUGUUGUUUUUUUCUUUUAAAUCAAUUUAUUGGUUUUUAUCUUGUGGGUUCUUUGAAACUUCCUUUCUGAAUGAUUUUCUUGGUGGGUUCUUAGUAAGAGAAAGCUUUUUUUUUUAAAUCUAUCUAACUCUCCAGCUUUGGUUUCUAAUUUAUUUUAUUGUUGAACUUGGUGGAAGAAAGUAAAACAGUUUAAAUUUGUGUUGUUUCAAAUAGUGGAGGAAGCAUGAAGGGCCAUGAAUCAAAGAUGGCAAGGAUGGAGGAUAUUCUUAAUCUUCCGGUGCAAGAUCCUCCUUGUGCAGAGUUCUCUGCUGCUCACAUAACAUGGGUAAAAGUAGAAGGCGGUCGCCAAGGUGGCGAUGAUAUUGCUCUAAUCCCUUUUUCUAGAGUAGAUGAUUUUGUAAAAGGAGAGUCUUCUAAUGCAGAAUGUCCUGCUAGCUUCCGCAUUGAGUCAAGGAGGAAGAGAUCUGAAGGAAGUAUUAGCAAACCAAGGGUUGAUGGAUAUCUUGAGUAUACUCUAUACUGGUGUUCUUAUGGUCCUGAAGACUACCGUGAUUGUGAAUCUGGUCUUGGGGAUGGUUCAAACUUCAAACCCGCCACAGGGAAGGGAAGCAGGCCAGGGAGACGCCACAUGAUGAGAGGUUGCCUUUGCCACUUUACUGUAAAGCGCUUGUACACACGUCCCCUCCUGGCCCUUAUAAUUUAUAAUCAAAGAAAGCAUGUAGAUAAAACAGGGUCCCCUUGUCAUGGGAUACUUGACCAGGAUGCUGUGGGGACAAGAGCUAUGUAUGCUCCUAGAAUCUCAGAGGAAUUGCGCCAAAAGGUGAUGUCUAUGCUUUAUGUUGGAAUAUCUUUGGACAACAUCAUUCAGCAUCAUAUGGAGGUGGUCCAAGGGCAUGGGGGCCCACACAACCGAGAUGAUUUUCUCACACGAAAUGAUGUUCGUAACAUUGAAAGAGUUAUUCGUAAUACAUCACAUGAACUUCACAUUGAUGAUGCAUGCAGUGUAAAGAUAUGGGUACAAAGGCAUCAAAAGCAUGUUUUUUACUUCCAAGAUGCUUCUGCUUCAGAACCAUUUAUUUUGGGGAUACAGACAGAUUGGCAGCUGCAACAGAUGCUUCGCCAUGGACAGAAUGGUUCUGUAGCUUCUCAUUCUACCUUUGGCUCAAAGAAACUUAAGUAUCCUCUAUCCACUUUACUUGUCUUCGACUCAUCCCGAAAUGCAAUUCCUGUUGCUUGGGUGAUUACCUCCUCUUUGACCGGUCAAGAUAUUCAUAAAUGGGUAGGCUCCCUUGCUGAAAGAUUAAGGACAAAGGACUCUAGAUGGAGAAUUAAUGCCUUUUUGGUAGACGAUCCCUCUUUUGGGUUUUCAGCAAUAAGAGAUGCUUUCCAGUGUCGGGUUCUAUUGUGUGUCUGGCAUGUUCGCCGUUCUUGGAUAAGGAGUCUUUUAAAGACUUGCUGCAACAUUGAUGUUCAACGAGAGAUGUUUAAGCACUUGGGCUGGAUAUUAUAUUCCUCAAGAAGUGUACCUAAUGCGAUGGAUGCAGUUCAAGAAUUCAUGGAAGUAUUUGUUGAUCAAUCUGCUUUUAUGGAUUAUUUCAAGAGCCAAUGGUCACCACACAUAGAGUCAUGGGUCAGUUGCAUAAGGUCACUUCCUGUUGCUGGUCCAGAGCCGCAUGCUGCCAUUGAAUCUUAUCACAGAAGACUGAAGUACAAGCUUUUUAAUGAUCAAUAUGCUAAUUUCUGGCCUAGAAUUGACUGGUUAAUCCAUACUUUGACUACCGAAUUUCACUCCUUAUAUUGGUUGGAUCAGUACAUUGUAGAAACCGGAUAUUUUUCUAAUCUCAGAGAUGAAUCUUUCUCAACCAAUGCUUGGUAUCAGGCCCUACACAUACCAGAUAUUGAUGUCAUAUUGGAUGAGCAAAAUCUCCAGGUUGCAAAGGUCAUCUCCCAAACAGACCGAAACCUGGCAUAUACAAUUUGGAAUCCUGGUUCAGAAUUUUCUCUCUGUGAUUGCCACUGGUCAAAUCUGGGAAAUCUCUGUAAGCAUGUCAUCAAAGUGGCAAUGAUGUGUAAAAAUAGGCAGGUAGCAAGGCCACUAUUAGCAGCUCAAAUUUAUAGACAGACCUUGCUUAGUCUUCUGCAUAAUCCUCCAGAUGAUCCGGUAGUUCUGGAUCAUGCUAUUCUGUGUACAACUCGCUUGCAACAGGAUAUCAAAGGCUGGGAAGACUUAUCUAACAGUGGACUUCUUCAGCAAUUGCCUCCUGAACUUAACUCUCAAAUGGCAGAUAAUACUCUCCUUUUUGCACGCUCUCAUUGAUUACACCAUCUGAAAAGCAAUUUAAUAAAACAAACACUUUCAGCAACCCUGUGAUGUCACAUGAUUUCUUCUGAUAAUCUAGCUUCUGAUUGAGCUCAAAUUUAUAUAACCAGGCUUGGAAAAGAAAAUAUGUAAAUCUAUGGCAUCUGAACUCCACCUACUUGAGGAAAGGGUGAGACGAGGAAGAAAGGGAGAAUCUGAUUUCAGCCGACUUCCACUGUUCAGCACAUUAAGCAUUCAUUCAUCCAGACAUGUUUUAGCUGUUCAGUUGCGAAGGUCUGACAUUGUUCUCUGCAAAUCAACAGCAGAUUUAUUUUUCUUGCUGAAGUUGCCUAAACGCCUUGGGCCUGGAAUAUCAUGGAUUUGAUCAGAAAAGCAUAUUGAAACCUUGCAGGUAUUGUAGAGCAGCUUUCUCCAGUAAUAUGAAAAACUUGCCAUAGGUUGCUAAUAUUUUCCCAAACCAAAAUCUGUUCCUUGGUGGUCAAGUGUAAAUAGCCAGCAAAUUGAUACAACACAAAUCACUCGAGUUUUUGGAAUUUCUAUUGCCAUAUUCCCUUAUCUCAACCAUGAGGGAUCGGAGACCACAAUUUUGUCCCGGUAAAGUUGAUUCUGGAACGGAAUAGAAUAGGAUUACUUGAAAGUCCGCAUCCUUGGAACCUAUUGUUGGCUACAACAAUAACACUGAUGCAGGGAAAUUUCCCAGGUUAUCAGGAAGUUGAAAAGCAAACCUAUUAUGGUUUAUCAAAUCUGAGGUAAUGGCUUUACUUCGUUGCUUGUAACUUGUAAAGCAUUAAUCCUGGCGUUGUCGAAGGAACUCAGUCGAACACGUGUAUAAAACAGUUUCAUCUCCUGUGCAUAACAAUGAAGCUUAUCUCCCGGUCUUGGGUUGACUCCCCACUAAAUUUAAGUUUUGAGUUCACAAUGGCAAGUGGGGUUUCAUUUCCAUCAUUUACGUAACUUCAUGGAAUAAUUUGGGUCAAUUUGGAAGAAUAUAGAAACCCCAACCUCAGAAUUUUAUUUUUAUCAUAUCUCAAAAUCCUAACCAUUAUUAAAUCCCUCAUAUCAUAGUGUAAAGAUUUCAAAAAUAUUAUUAUUUUUAAUGGCAUUACUGGCUUUUAUAAAUACACAAGGCAAGUUGAUAUUAAA